AAGACUAGCAGACGCAAAUUUACUGACACUUUCUUUACAAUUUUACAUCGCAAAGACCGCAUGGAUCCGUCAGAAGUGCUUAACAAUUUCUUGUGAUUCCUUAUCUAUUUAAAUUCUACAAUUUGUAAGUUUUCCAAUAAGGAAAAAUGAGCAUAGAUUCAGUUGCCGAAUACCUGCUCUUUUUGCAGUUGUACGAUCAGUACAAAUUAGAUUGUGUGAGAAAAGGAAAGACUCCAAAUGGAUUGCCGGUUUUUCUUUCAAAUCUGAAAGAUGCACAACGUGUGACUGAACAUUCCUCAGUUUCAGCUGAUGUGGCUGUAUUGGGAUUGGUGAACCCAGAUUCACCAUUUAAAUCGUGUGGAACUUUUCAGGAAAUGAAUAGCCACUCGACUGAGGCAAACGAGAGAAGAAGAAAAAGAGCGCUGACAAUGCGAAAAUCUUUAAUGGCUUCUUCUUCAAUAACAGAAGUGAAAGACAAUGCAUCCCUGUCUCCAAGUUGCAACAGUGGCGUCGUUUCACGUCAAAAGAUGAUAGCGAAACGUUUCAACACAUCUAAUACGUUCAAAAUGCAUGUCUAUUUAAUGCCUCACAUUGGAUGGCUUGGGACGAGAGCUUCAAAACAAGAAAAAAGUAAUUUGGCUGACAUAUACGUUUCCCAGCGAGUGGUGGAUUUCAACGUUGAAAAUACUGAGGAAGAAAACUACGAUGCUAUUCUAAAGGUUUAUCGCGAUAUUUCGCUGGUAUUGUUAUGAAAUGUCAAAAUCUGUUCAUGUAAUUGUUAAGUUGACCGCUAGAAUGCGCGGGCAUGUACUUUGUAAGAAUAUUAUUCCCUACCUUGACCUGAUUGGCCCCGCCCUUGACCUACCCUGCCCUCUUGAACCCGCAUAAAAGGCGCCCCCCUGCAGUUUUGGCGCCAGUUGCCGCUGGAGAGUCGUGAGAGUAAGAGCUACGGUCGGUAGGCUCUCGGUUUAUAUGCGACUAAGCAUUGUAUUUGUGCACUGGCAAUACAAAUUCGUUUAUUUGUGAA